UGAGCUAGGGACAAUCAAGCAAUCAUUUCAACUGAAUACAUCAAGAUCCGAUGGAAUUCUUUUGGAGUUCUUCCCAUGUUCCAGUGGACUAUUUCCGGUUUCUGCCGGAAGGUUGCAUAUCGGAAAUUUUCUCCUUAACGUCGCCAAAAGAUGCUGCUAGAUUCUCAGCUGUAUCGCGAACAUUCAUGUCUGCCGCAGAAUCCAACGUCGUUUGGGAGAAAUUUUUUCCAUCUGAUUAUAAUGAUAUUAUCUCUAGAUCAGACUCUUUAAUGGUUUCUCCUUCCAAGAAACAGCUUUAUCUCAGCCUCUGUGACUCUCCAAUUCUCCUUGAUGGAGGCAAACUGAGUUUUUCACUGGAUAAAAAGACUGGGAAGAAGUGUUUUAUGGUAGCAGCAACAGAACUUGGCAUUACAUGGGGUGAUACACCAGAGUAUUGGGAAUGGUUAUCUCACCCGGACUCCAGAUUCUCAAAAGUGGCUAAACUUAAUUCGGUCUGUUGGCUUGAUGUCCGAGGCAAGAUUGAAACUCGGAUGUUGUCAGAAAGGACCAAAUAUUUUGCUUAUCUAGUACUCAAAUUGGAAGAUAGAUUCCAUGGCCUUGGAAAUGCUAAUGCAGUUGUUAGAUUUGUCGAUUCUGAGAGUGACAAUGAUGCGGAGCAACGAGCUAGUGUUGUGCGUUUAUCAGGACAAGGACCUAGAGCAACAUUACCCUUGAGCAGAGAUGAUGGAUGGAUGGAAGUAGAAUUGGGAAACUUUUUCAACGAUAUUGGAGAAGACGGAGCUGUUGAUGCGCGAUUAAUGGAGAUUAGGGAUCUUGGUUGGAAAGGUGGCCUCAUUGUUCAGGGAGUGGAGUUUCGUCCAGAAUGAAGAGAAGAAUACUCCUCUUACUAUGCUUUUAUGUUUGGUCUCAUUUUGAUUGAUUCAAAUACUUUUAUAUUUUGGCCCUUCUCGAGAAACAUAUCCAGAGAGUAUUGGAUUUGGUUAAACAAUGUAUCGUUUCUUGUGACGCCUGCUGCGAAUGUAAUUGUUCCAUGUACUACUAUAAGGUUGUUUGUUCAGCAUUAACAAGAAACAGGAGAUUAGAUUCCUGUA